CAGGAAUGAUAAAUUCACCAAGUAGAAAAGAAACAGGAUUCUCUGAAACAAAACCACGUUUACAAAGAUCAAGUCCUCAACUUCAGUAUGUUUCAGAAGAAAGUAAUUUCGGCAGUAAAUUAACACCAACCAUGUCUAAACAGAAUCCUACAAAUGAAUCACAAUUACAAAUGACUUCUCAAAAAUAUCCAACUUGCCUACAUAACAAUAAUAGUGGUAAUAAUAACAGUAGUACUGUUCAACAAAAACAAACUACAUCUAAUUCACCUGAGAUUCAUUUUAGUCAUGAUCAACGAGUUGUGACAUUCGGUACAAAACCAAAUACCACUAAUACUACUAGUAAUUUAUCAGUUGUACCAAGCAGUGAAGAUGAUGAAUGGGAUUCAGAAACGGAAGAUUUAAAUAUUGUUUCAGCUGAAAUCAAUAAAUCUCAACAACUAGUUUAUAAAGAAAAUUUUCAUGAUUAUUUUUCACAAUUCAAUGUAAAUAAUCACAAUUACGAAUUAGGAGAUGAUGAAGGUAUAUUCAGCGUAUCAUCAAUCAACGGUGGUUUAGCAGAAGAUAAUAGCUUAUCUUUAGCUCAAGAAUUAUCCCCAAGACAUUCAAUUAGAGUUAGUCGGUCUUUAGAUCUAAGAGUAGUAGCAGCACACGCAGAAAUGGUUGCAUUAGGUCCUAGGCCAACUAUCAGAUUAGGGGCAGUGAAUAGGCAACCAAUUACUGCAAAGCAAACAUCAAUCGGAAGCCCAGAAUUAAGCAACACCAUGGUAACUAGUCUCUGGGGUACUAAUUCUAAAGCCAGUGAAUUAGCUCGUCGUGGUGCAACAAUCAUUAUGGCAUGUAGAAAUAUGGAACGAGCCAACGAAGCUAGAACUCGUCUGUUGGAAAUGUAUGGUAAGAUUAAUGAGAAAAGUGAAGAAACCGAUGUUGCAUGUAGUCAAGUGAAGUCAUCUUUAAAGCCCAUCUUUUGGAAUCAGUUGAUAAUUGAACAGCUUGAUUUAGGUUCAUUGAAAUCAAUCAGAGAAUUCGUUGAUAGAAUUAAAAGUACAUACAAAAAAAUCGAUUUUCUCAUCAAUAAUGCUGGAAUCAUACUACAAAACUAUACAACAACUGAAGAUGGUUUCGAAAUGACUAUGGGAGUGAAUUAUUUUGGACCAUUUCUAUUGACAGAAUUAUUGUUACCAUUGUUAAAGAAUGCUACACCAUCACGAAUAAUAAAUGUGUCAUCUGCACUGCAUGAAAAUGGCUGCAUUCUAAAGCCUGAUUUGCAAUACAGUAAGAAAAAUUAUGAGGCAAUGAAAGCUUAUAGUGUAUCGAAAUUGGCAAAUGUGAUACAUGCUAUUGAAUUAAGUGAACGUUUAAAAGAUAGUGGUAUAGUGGUUGUCAGUUUACAUCCUGGAGCGAUCAAAACUGAACUGAUGAGGAAUCUAACAUAUUUUCCUAUGAAUGUUCUGAAACCACUUAUCCGGUCUGUACUUACAACACCAUGGAAAGGUGCACAAACUACUCUAUAUACUGCACUAACAGAUAACUUGAUUCCUGGAGGUUACUAUUCAAAUUGCACAUUGAAAAUACCUUCAAAAUAUGCUCGAAAAGUGGAAGAUAGAAAAUGGUUUUGGAAUAAAACAUGUGAACUAUUGAAUAUACAAUGUGAUAACUAA